GGUGGCCUGCCGCCGCUGCAGUGCUGCAGUGGAAGGGUUCCCCACAGUAGCUGAAAGCUUCUGAUUGGCCAGAGCUCAACAACACCAGCAUGUUCGACGCUAGGGCCAACCAACGGUUGUGGAGACAGCUUUCGGCUCACCUUUGUCCAUCCCAGCAGAUCAGCACAGGGUUCACAAGCUUGCUCAGUUUGCCUUCACCCACGGUCCGAGCUACCGACCAUUCUCAGUCGAUAUUUUCCUGCGCAACCUCUUUUGGCUCGUUCCGUGUCUUUACCUUGCUCAUUUUCUCCGAUGGCUGGGUGAAGCACGCAACAUGCACCGGAAGAGCUUCCGCGUUCGUUCUUCUGCGGUCUUGGCCUUGUUACUGCCGCUUGCAGAAAGGUGAUCUUCGAUAUUCACCCCCCAGGGAAGACGCGGCAAGGUAGGAUAUUAGCUAUCAACUGAUAGUAGCCGGACCGUGUGUCUGGAACACUACAGCCAUCAUGGAAUGUUCGACGCCUUGUCCCAGACGUAUCAAUGCGCCAAAGGGUCCAUAAUUUUUUCCCGCUCUUGGUUUCUUGCCAUGUCAACAGCUUUCAGAAGACAGUGAGUGGGUUAGAGUUGCUCCCACUGAUAUAUUACCACUCUUAUGCUCGUUGUCGAGGUUUGCCACUUUUCUCUCUCUGUAGUCACUCUUCUACCUUCUUGUUCUCCGAUACGAAGUUUACCCUAGUUUACAGGGUCCUUGCACGCAACUAUCAUUCUUAAUCUCUCGGCUUGACAACCUCUCUUUUCCUGUCUCCUUGGCUUUGUGAAAUUGCAAGCUUCACCAGCACACGAUGACACUGAAGACACCGAGUCGCCGCGACCCGGAGAAGUUCCCUGCUUUUCAGCUGUUCAUUCUCGCAAUUGUCCGCCUUGCCGAGCCAAUUGCACUCACCUCGAUUUUCCCUUAUGCUUGGGCCUUGAUCAAACGGUAUCAGAUUGGAAAUGAAGAAGAUGCUUCAUUCUAUGCUGGCCUCCUCAUCUCGUCUUUCGCUCUUGCGGAGGCCUUGAUGGGUAUGUAUUGGGGAGGGCUCUCGGACCGCAUUGGGCGAAAGCCCGUGUUGUUACUGGGAUGCGUGGGAACCAUGUUUAGCAUGAUCAUGGUGGGCUUUGCUUACAACAUUUGGAUCGCCUUGGCUGGGCGAGUCAUCGGUGGGCUUUUGAACGGCAAUAUUGCUGUCAUCCAGACCAUGGUUGGCGAGCUGGUGACAAAGCCUGAGCACGAGCCGAAGGCAUACUCUAUCAUGCCGUUUGUUUGGAGUGUCGGUACGAUCAUUGGACCCAUGAUAGGGGGUUUGUUUGCAGACCCCCACGAGUCGUACCCCCACCUAUUUCCCACGGGCUCUCUCUUCCAGCGCUUCCCUUACCUCCUACCGAAUCUUAUUUGUGCUGCGCUUCUUCUUGUCAGCAUCACGAUGGGCUACUUCUUGCUGGAAGAGACACAUCCCGACAUGCAGCCGCGCAUCUCCCUCCCCGACAACACGUUCCUCUCCGAGAAUACCCCCCUGAUCGAGACGUCAGACGCCAUCAAGCGCCCGGCCGUUGACAUGCGAGACGAAAACUAUGGCACCAUGCGGGAUCGAGAUAUCAAGGAGCCAAAACACAUCGAGAAGCAGCACACCAAUAUAUUCUCCAAGAGAAUUAUGGCUGUCGUCGUCUCCCUCUCUAUCUUCACCUACCAUUCCAUGACCUACGAUCACCUUAUGCCCAUCUUCUUCGAGGACGACCGAGUUCCUAUUCACGCCUUGUUUGGCACGGUCAACCCGCUCUACUCCCCCGGCGGCCUGGGCCUCUCUCUCCAGGCUGUCGGCAUGAUUCUUGCCGUUCAAGGCAUCAUCGCGUUGGUCGUUCAAGCCGUCAUCUUUCCGCCACUGGCCGAGCGGAUAGGUGUGCAUAGGCUCUUCAUCAUCGUGACGGUUCUCCACCCGAUCGCAUACAUGAUUGUUCCCGGCCUUCUUUACGUCCCCGAUCAGCUCCUCUACCCUGCCGUUUACUUCUGCCUCGGAGUCCGGAACUUCUUGUCGAUUAUUCUGUAUCCCUUACUUCUUAUCUUAAUCAAGGAGGCCACACCCAGCCCGUCAGUGCUGGGCAAGGUCAACGGUCUUGCGGCAAGUGCUGGUGCCGCCUGCCGCAUGAUCGCACCACCCGUUGCCGGGUAUCUUUAUGCCAUGGGGAAGAGGGUGGAUUGCACAGCACUUGCCUGGUGGGGGAGUGCCCUUGUGGCUGUUUUUGGUGCGGUGCAGUGCUUCUCUGUAAAGAGAUAUCCAGCCCGGAAAACUGAGGAGGAGGAACGGUUUGAACCCUAGGUGGUGGGCAAAGCUUUUGAUGCUAAAGUAAUUGAGGGUGCUUAUAAUGGGGGAUAUUUUUCAGGGGGAUAGUGAUAUGGAUGGGCGGUGGGAUAGAAAAGGGUCGGGAUUUAUAGAAGCGAGGCGAGGCGUUUGGUUUCUUUCUUGUUUUCUGUUCGUCACAGCGCUGCGCUCACGACGGUUAUGAUAUCCGACGUCUGGCAUAAUAUGGUGAGCAUUGGGAUUAUAUUAUAGAUGGAACUGUAGAUAUGGGUCACGAAUAUAGAUUUCUGUUAUUCUGUUCUCGAA